AUGCCCGAACCCGUGCGCUUCUUCAGCCAACACGUCCCGCUCCUCGAUCCGCUGUCAUUCGACGACGCGCUCUGCUUCGACGCGCGCCUCGAGCCGGCUUUACACGCUGAUCUGCGGAACGGGCCUGAUGUUAGGGCCGUACCGGUCGAUCGGGAGUCUGGGGUGAAGCCGGGGAUGAGGGGUGUUGUACGGGGGUUACGGUAUGGUGAUGGUGAUACCGAUGAGUGCAGCUUCUUCUGGAACGAGGUCAAAGACUUUACGACGAGCAUGCUCUACAUCCUCCCCGGCGCCUCCCAUCUCUGGGUAAACGCAACGUACAUCCCCCCAAAAACACCGCACCUCCUGCACGACAACGACCUCAUCCACCUACACUCACCCUCCCUCUCCCAACCAAUACACACCCGCUUCAUCUACCGCCACACGCCCUUCCUCGGCUGCCCCAACACACCGCUAGCGUUCGACGUCCUCGGCAAGCUGGGCAGCGGGAGCUCGGGCGUCGUUAAAGAGUGCAGGGACCAGCAUACGGGCGAGAGGGUCGCGGUCAAGGUUAUCAAGGCGCAGGAGGGUUCAAGUUGCGGGGUGGGGUUUUGUGGGGGGCGGCCGAGGGAGUACGCGGUGUUGCGGGAGCUGUGCAAUCCCGAGGCCGUGGAGAGGUAUCUCGCUGAGAGUGGACUUGAAGAGCAUGAGCUUGCGGUGGUGAGGUGUCGGGCGCUGUGGUUCGAUAAGAGGCGGAAGGAGCAUCACGUCGUGUACCCGCUCGCGCGCACCGAUCUCGACCAGAUCGUCACAACCAACGGCCGGCUCUCCGAACGCACAGCGCGAUCCGUAGCGAAACAGCUCUGCACCGCGCUUCGAUACCUCCACGCCAGCCAGAUCGUCCACUGCGAUGUCAAGCCCGGCAACAUCCUCAUCACAGGCCCGGGCCCAACACCGGCGCCACACGACGAUCUGCGCGUCGUGCUCGCGGACUUUGGGUACGCGUUGUGGGAGCACGAGAUCCCGUCUGUACCGCGUGCCAUGGGCACGCGCGGGUGCAAAGCGCCCGAAAGCACAAACUUCAAAAAGUGCGGCUCGGCGAUCGACAUGUUCGCGCUCGGCGCCACGAUCUUCUUCGCACUGACAGGCCGCUUCCCGUACGGAUACAAAGACCCAGGCGAGAUCAUCAUCGAUGCGCGCCAGCUGUCUGUUUGGCCGUUGUUGGAGAGCGUAGGCGUGAGCGCAGCCGGACAGGAUUGGAUUGCGCGGGCGCUGUUGCUUGAGCCGAGAGAGAGAAUGAGUGCGGAUGAGGGGUUGAGGCAUGCGUGGAUUGGGGGUGGGGAGCUGGUAAAGGCGGAUCUCGGUGCGCCUAAAGAGGGCGGCGAGCAGUGCGCGUAUGCGUACGAUUCGGACACGGACUCGGAGCCAAGCCAGGAUAGUGACGAUGAUGAGGAUGAAGACGGAGUGGUAACAUGCUACGCAUGUGGUGCGAAGCGAAGGCGCGCGGGAUCGGAUACGGGAUCGGAGACGUUGGAGGGGAGCGAGCAGGAGGCGAAGGAUGGAAAGGACGUUGACACGUAG